AUGGAGCGUGUCUGUACUUCGAAUAACGAACGCCUCCGAGAAACGGCGAUGCCGCGACAAAAUCGACGAGAGGGCGUCAUGCGUAGGCUCGGAAAAAAUAACAUCAAAAAACCGCAUGCCGCGACUUUUGGCAAGAAGGACGUGAUGGAGCUGGCAAUGAUUCAACUUGAGCAAGACAACAUGGUCUUCGGCGACAUGUUACAAGAGCUCGAGGAACAUGGACACAACGAUCACCUCUGGUAUUCUGAGAUGCAAGCACUUGUUCGCUCAGGGGCUACCCAAGAGGCAUUGAACGAGUGUCUAAAUGGUCGCCCAGCCAUCACCAAUCUCCCAACUCGGGCCAGAUAUUCGCUUGCGCGCCGUGGUGGCCGAGACUUCCAGAGUCCCGCUUAA